UUGGCAGUGCACGCCUCACGUUGAAUGCGAGCCAGCUGGGUGGCGAAAUCGAUUGGAAUGAUGAAUAUGGUAUUCUAAUGUGAAUCGCAAACCGAGGAGGAAACAAACUCGCAGCAUUCCUACCAGGCUGCCCUCUUUUGGAUUAUUUUCUCAUCUUUUGGAUUUGUGUAUCAUAGACUUGCCAACAUGUUUAUCAAGACAUUCAUCGGUAUUUUGGUGAUAAAAGGUAUAUUGUCACAGCAGCAACCCGCUUGUGAACAGGGAAGUUGCUACCCAGCUACAGGGGACUUGCUCAUCGGGCGCGCCGACAAACUCUGGUCAUCAUCAACAUGCGGUCUCAACGAACGUGAACGUUUCUGUAUCGUGUCGCAUUUGGAAGACACAACAAAAUGUUUUCAGUGUGACUCGAGACAACCUUAUGAUAAGGACCACUACCCGAACAGUCAUCGGGUAGAAAACGUUGUGUCAUCGUUUAAGGGUCGUAAAGACCGAUGGUGGCAGGCAGAAAAUGGCAAGGAACAUACGACAAUACGUCUCGAUUUAGAAGCAGAAUUUCAUUUCACUCAUUUAAUCAUGACAUUUAAAACGUUCCGACCUGCUGCCAUGUUAAUAGAACGUUCAUCAGAUUUUGGAAAAACGUGGAAAGUGUAUCGUUAUUUUGCGUACGACUGUGCAAGUUCUUUCCCUGGUGUCGGGCAAGGACCUGUCAGGAAUAUUACGGAAGUUAUUUGUGAAACACGCUAUUCUAAUGUGGCACCUUCGACUGAGGGAGAGGUAAUCUUCAGAGUGUUACCGCCGUCUGUCGAGAUUAAAGACCCAUACAGCGAAGCAGUUCAGGAUCUACUCAAAAUGACCAACUUGAGAAUAAACUUCACAAAGCUUCAUACUCUUGGUGAUAAUCUUCUGGACAGCCGUGAUGAAAUCGAGGAGAAGUAUUACUACUCUAUCUAUGACAUGGUGGUUAGAGGGAGUUGCUCAUGUUACGGCCACGCUUCACGGUGUCUGCCCAUUGAUGGAAAGGAAAUCCCAAACUCUGGAGACAUGGUGCAUGGUCAGUGCCAGUGUACCCACAACACCAAGGGCAACAAUUGUGAGAAAUGUGAUGACUUCUACCAUGAUCUGCCAUGGCGGCCGGCAAGGAAUACAGAGCCAAAUGCUUGUAAACGAUGUGAGUGUAACGACCAUGACACAAGCUGCCAUUUUGACCCGGCCAUCUACGAGGCGACAGGCCGAGUUAGCGGUGGCGUGUGUGACCAGUGCCAAGAUAACACCAUGGGCAGGAAUUGUCAGGAGUGCCGGCCGUUCUUCUACCAGGAUCCCAACCUCGACAUCAGGCACCCACAGAUCUGCAAACCCUGCAACUGUGACCCUGCCGGCUCAGAGAAUCGAGGAGAGUGUGACAGUAAGACCGAUCCUGACCUCAACCUCGUUGCAGGACGAUGUAUCUGUAAGCGUCAUGUUGACGGACAGCGAUGCGACUACUGUAAGAAUGGCUACUGGAAUCUUCAGGAUGCCAACCCGGAUGGUUGCCAAGAAUGUUCAUGCAACUUGUUGGGUACGGUUGGUAACUACGGCUGUGAUAAAUACACUGGAGAAUGCCGCUGUAAGAGAUACGUCACAGGACGAGACUGUGAUGUCUGCGUGCCCAAAUACUGGGGCCUGAGCGAGGACCCCGAUGGCUGCAAACCCUGCGAAUGUGACAUUGGGGGUGCCUUCAACCGAGACUGUGACCAAGGCGACGGACAUUGCCAGUGUCGGCCAAACAUCAUCGGCAGGAACUGUGAUCAGGUGAAGCCGGGAUAUUACCUGCCACUGCUCGACUACAAUGCCUACGAAGGAGAGUUCGCCCAGGGAGAUGGGGACACUCGUAUGAUCAUCAGGGAGCACUACCCCGGCCGCCAGCCGACAUGGACUGGCCCAGGAUUCAUGAGAGUAACCGAGGGGAGCACCUUGGAGUUCACCAUCAAUGACAUCAUACAGGACAUGUACUACGACCUCGUCAUCCGCUAUGAGCCUCAGAUGGGUGAGCGCUGGGAGGAUGUGCGUGUGACCAUCACCCGCCCGGGCGAGCCAGACCAACAAGGACCAUGUGCCAACAGCAUCCCACAGGAUGACUUCAAGGCAACCAGCUUGCCACCGAACUCGACAGUCAUAAAGCUAGGCGUGCCCAUCCUAGGCGUUGAUAUGGAUCCAGCCAACAGGUUUUAUGUUGUUGCCCCCAGUUCCUGUCUUGAGAGAGGAGUCACCUACAAGAUCAAACUGGAGUUCCCCAGAUAUCGGGCAGACAAGGUUACACCAGACGCGAGCAUUCUCAUUGAUUCAAUUGCUCUGUUGCCCAAGACUGACACCAUCCCAAUCUUCCUGAAGAUCGAGGCCAGCAGAGCCAAGCAAGAGUUCGAUCACUACCGCUGCCGUGAACUGCUGAUGUCCGUCAUCAGACCGCAGUUGCCUGAAGUGUGUGCCAGGCUCUACCUGAGUAUCUCUGCCAGCAUCCACCAGCAGGCCAUGGACUGUCAGUGUGACCCCAUGGGCUCCCUCAGUACCGAGUGCGACCCGCUUGGUGGUCAGUGCAAGUGUAAGCAGAACGUGGUUGGCCGUCGAUGUGACCAGUGCAGCCCAGGAAUGUGGGGAUUCGGCCCGGACGGAUGUCAACCCUGUAACUGCGACCAGUCAGGAUCUGUUGAUAACUUCUGUGACAUCAGCAACGGUCAGUGUCUGUGUAUCGCCAAUGCCUAUGGUCAGAAAUGUAACGAGUGUCAGAAAGGCUUCUACAACUUCCCUCGCUGUCGCCGCUGCGAGUGUAAUGGUCAUGCUGAGACAUGCGAGGACAGGACUGGAAACUGUCAAAACUGUACGGACUCGACCGCAGGAGACCACUGUGACAGAUGCCUGAAAGGUUACUAUGGUGAUCCAAGGAUUGGGCUCGGCCUGCCUUGCCGAGAGUGUAUGUGUCCCGGGUCUCAGAACAGCGGAUAUUCCCAUGCUGAUACCUGUACUCUGGACCUUGUGACACAGGUUGUACUCUGUGAAUGUGAGCCGGGAUAUGUAGGUGACAAGUGUGAGCGUUGUAAGGAGAACUUCUACGGUAAUCCGCUGGUCCCGAACGGCAAGUGCGAGGCAUGUGUGUGUAACAACAACAUCGACUUCGACAUGUCUGGAAGCUGUGACUCCACAACUGGAGAGUGUCUCAAGUGCUUAUAUAACACGGAGGGCUUCGGCUGUGAGAGAUGUCAGGAUGGUUACUAUGGAGAUGCCACGACACAGUCUUGCCAAGCCUGCAUAUGUGAUGUCCUCGGCACCGACCAAAAGGCUGGUAGCUGUGAUCGUGUGACGGGCCAGUGUCCUUGCUUACCAAAUGUUGUCGGUCAAAGUUGUGAUCGCUGUGAGGUGGAUCACUGGAAGAUCGCUAGCGGUGAGGGAUGCGACGCGUGUAACUGUGAUCCUGAUGGCUCCCUCUCAUCUCAGUGUAAUCAGUUUGAUGGUCAGUGUCGAUGUAAGACUGGUCGAGGAGGACGAACCUGCGGCGACUGCGAGACCAACUACUACGGCGAUCCUAAUGUCGGUUGCCAAGAAUGUCGCUGUAACCGACAAGGCUCUGCCACCAUGCAGUGUAACCGCAACACUGGAAGAUGUGACUGCAUCGUUGGAGUAUCGGGUGACAAGUGCGACCGGUGUGACCGGGGAACCACCGGACAGCUGCCGUUCUGCGUACCAUGUGGAGAAUGCUUCGACAAUUGGGAUGAAAUUAUCAUGACACUGAGAAAUCAGACGAACAUGUUGAUUGAGGAGAUCAAGAACAUCAAGACAACUGGAGCGCCCGGUGCGUUUGAUUCUGAGUUCAUCGAGAUGGAGAAGAAGUUGGAUGAGAUAAAGGCAAUCUUGGCCAACACGAACGUCUCAACAAGUGAUGUCACAGACUUGGAGCUCAUACUCAGGAACAUCAAAGAGAACUUCACAACGACAAUAGAAGAGAAUGAGAAAGUGGAACUGAAGCUGGCGGACAACACCCAGAGUAUCAGUGACUUGAAUGCCAAAAUCAGGUCUCUCAAAAACAGGAUUGAUAUGCUCAAGAAGUCAGCAGAUGAUCUCCGUAGUAAUGCUACAGAGAUCAGAGACAAGGACGUGGAAGGAGCCUAUAACAGCAUCAAAGAGAGUCAGAACAGAUCCAGGAUUGCUCAAGACACGGUCGAUGGUACAGACGUUGUUGUGGGAGACUCGAUGGAUGUGCGACGAGAGACCGAGACCAUCCUAACCACCAACAAGGAUGGCUUCGAUGAUAAGAUGAAGGUGAAUGAGGAGGCGUUGGAUGAUGUGGCAGCGAAUAUCGAUGAUAUGGAGAAAGGCAUCCCCGACCUUAACGAUAAGGUUUGUGGUAACCGUGGUGACCCGUGUGACGUUCUCUGUGGUGGUGCCCUCUGUAAGGAAGGAUGUGGAGGAGCGUUACUCUGCGACUCUGCGGCGGUCAUGAAGUCCAAAGGUGGCAAACAAUUCGCUGAUGAUGCUGAUGUUAGUCUGACCAAGAAGGAUAGGGACGCUACAACUCUUUUGGAUAAUGUUGAGAUGGCGAAGGACGAUUCAUUACGAGCAAAGGGAGCAGCCCAGGAAGCUCAUGAUAGGUGUGAACUGGCCAAGAACUUGUCCAUGCAAGGUGUUAACGACCUUCAAGAAAUGAUUGACAGAAUCACCGAGUUCCUGGGGCAGAAGGGAGCCAAGCCAGCCAGCAUUAGGACGCUUGCCGAGGAAGUCCUAGCCAUGAAGAUCUCACUGUCGCCCGAUCAAAUCCGUGACUUGGCAAUGCAGAUCAACGAUACGAUCGAAGGCCUUACAAAUAUCGAUGCGAUCCUUGAGGCGACGAAAGAUGAUCUAAAUCGUGCUCAAUCAUUGAAGAACAGAGCAGACACUGCAAAGAAAGAUGCCGAUUCGAUCUUGAACACAGCGCAGGGAGUUUCGGGUGCUCUCGACGAUGCUAUGGAUGCCCAGGAUGCUGCGGAGGCCGCCAUUCAGAACGCCACACAGGCCAUCAGUGCUGCCCAGGGUGACCUGACCAUGGUUGAGACAGAGACCGAUGAUGCCAUGAACAUCUCGAUGGGAUCUAUGAACCAGGUGAUGGACCUCAAAGAUCGCCUGGAGAAGCUCAAAGCGAAGUUCAAGAUCAACGAACUCAAUGCCCAGAAGGCCCAGCAGCAGGCCAACACAUCGAUGGAGCUAGCCAAUAAUGCUAAAACUGAUGCUGAUGCCCUUGAGACAAAAUAUGGAAACGCUGUUAAAGCCAUAGAUGCUAAAUACAACAUGACGCUAACAGCACGGGAUCGUGCCAAGGCGCUACGAGACCGGGCAGAAAAGUUAGCACAGACAACUGAGGAUAAGACUGUGAGAUUAAAAAUGAUCGAGACGGAGUUUGGUCAGAACCAGAAGACAUUAGAAGACGUGUCUUCCAUGAUAGAAGAAAUGAACAGACGGAUGAACAUUUAUCUCGAAGACAUCCAGAAGAAGGGCGAUAGUUACCGAAUCUGUACGCCUUAAACUCCAACAGGCGGUGCUAGUGUAGCAUAUGACACAUCAAACUAACGAGAGUUCGAUGUGAGAUAUUUGAGGAUGGCUGUUUUUCUGCUCUUUGUCUUGUAAAUUACUUUUCUUGAAGAAGAAUCUUAUUUGGCCAGUAAUAAUCCUUUCUCUCAAUGGAGCCAGAAUGAUGCAGUUGAAAUAACAUUAAGAUUGCAGUCUUCUGUUUAUUCAGAACAUCAAACUGUUUGGAGGAGUUUUGUUUUCGAAGAAUAAGUGUCCAUUUUACCUACCAUCUUCUCAUUUUUUUCGUUCUUUCCUGUUGAGCCAAUGUACAGUUGAUAUGUAUUGCUUUGUAAAUUCUCAGUGCAUGAGCGGUCAUUAGGUGCUAGUCAGAGACAAAGAGCAGCAACCACACGGCUUCAGUUCGUAAAAAAGUGUUAUUUUCAUGAUGUUUGAUUUCUGUGCCUUUUGUUCUCAUCACCAUGCAGCUUUUCUAACAGGGGAUUAGGAUUUCAGAGGUUGGGAGCACCAUAUGUGUGAAUGGUCGGCCUGCCUCUCAGCCAUUUUCAGUAGUUUUACUUCAUCCCAGUUGAAGUCUAGUGCAAUAGCUUUGGUUUGUGGACUUCUGAAAGUUGGAUGUUGUGUCUCAUGGGGAGGAAAUUGACAUGGUAAUAUGACAGUCUCUCACGGAAACAGUGAGGAUUUUCAAAUUGUUGUGGCCGUUAUUGAACCUCACAACGCCGACGUAGAAGUGGUUGCUUUUUUUCUGAGAGCAGUUGCGCAAUUCCAGUUUUAGGCCAGUUUAAUUUCUGGUCAUGGUACGGUGUAACAUGACCCUAAUGUAGGAUUAUACUUUACUUGUACCUCAAGCCCUCGACUGCCAUGUGAAUGAUGGGAGCAGAACGGUGAUGAUUGAUCAAGAUAGUAAGAAUCGUUUGUGAUCGUAUGUUGGGAACUGCUGAAAAUCUUUUGUGGGCGACUGCUGCAGGAGGAGAUAUUCGCCCUUGAAAUACUUUGGUUUGAUUUUGAGUGACUUUUCAUUUUCACUGACAGUGGUCACCAUGGCAACUGUUUCCUUGGUAACAUACCACUCCUAGAGGUGUUGCUAUUGGUCACUGUGCAAUGUUUCUAUGUUAACACACAGUUGCUAUGGUAACUAAGCCAUUUAUGAAACCUGUGUGAAUAUCUAUCAACCAAGAAGGUCACACUCAAACAACCCAAGUGCCUCAAGAGUCGAAACAGCUACUUAGACAUAUUGUAAUAGAUAUUAUAUAAACUUUUUACUAAUGAAUCUGUAGCCUGGAAUUUGUACCUAGAUAUAAAAAGAGUCUCGUUGAGUCUUAUGUUUGUACAAACAACAUGUAGAAUAUGUAUAGGUAGAGAUAUAAUUUGUUUUUAUGGAACUAUAUAAUCUGUUCUGGAGAUUCUCCGAAACAGACAAUGUAUUAACCGUCUUCCUACUAAACUUGAGGUAUGGUGCUCAAUGUUUCAUUCAAUGACUCGAGGUGGCGCAGGUAAAAAUGAUGCAAUUUAUUAAUGUUUUAGUUUUGAAGAAUUUGAAGGAGGAGUCACCAUGAGUCUAUGUUGUAGUAAUCAGUUUGCUGGUUGGGAAUAGCAUUUUUAAGGAUUAAAGAGAUAAAUUAUCUGACUUUGAAAGGUUUCUCACUGACAACGUAUUUGAUCGGAACGAGAGACGAGGCACCAGCAAACUGAUGGCUGCAGCUGUUAAAUGUCGACGGCACAUUAUGCACGACACGUUGUCAGUUGUUCAUAUUGUACUCUUGACCUUAUGUAUAUGUGUAUACUUCAUCUAUAUCAGCAUAUCAACACAUGUAGUCUGCCAUGCAUCUAAUACUCUCACCAAACAAACCAUGUAGAUUGCCCUUGUAACAUAACUAAGUUAUUGUCAUAACUCAAACACCGCCCCAGCCCUAGCUGGCUUAUUUCUGGACCGACACAAACUUUCUGUCUCCGAUCGCCAAAUACUGUGAGGCAGGUCAGGAGCUGUUCUGACUGUUUGAAGUGGCUGAGUUUACAGUAUCAGGUGAACACAUUGGAUGAGAACCAUUCGUAAUCCAGUUAGGACUGGAAGAUUCUGUGGCAAUUCGAAUUUUUAAAUGAAUUUUAACCUGUUAAGAUUGAAACUUGUCUUCCAACAAACUUGUAAGCUUUCAUCAUUAUGCAUCAACAACAUCACGUACUUCGGUAACAUGACAUGUUGAUUUUGUUCUUCAAAAUGAAAAGCCACUGAGCUAAUCAGUAUUUAGUGUCACAAUUAGUUCUGCAUUUGCUGCAGAUUUGUUACAUGGAGCAGUGUGACUACUUGAGCUGCCUCUGAGCAGAAAAUAAUUGUUAAUGCUUAAAAUACUCAGUAAGGAAAUUUCCAAACGAAUCUUAGGAGCGCAAAUCAAAGACAUUUAAUAACAAAAGGUUUUGCUAUUGAUGUUUUCAAGUUUUACUGUUGCUUUUCAACAUUUUACUCAGACACUACAGCUGUAUGAGAAGUGUCCUCUCAAGGUGAAGACUUUAUUUUGUCUGCUAUCGUUCUCUUAUGAUCAUUUUAAUGUCAAAAAAUAUCUAUAUAUGACUCAAUGGGUCACAAAAUCUUACAUUUCUCUCUGAGCAGAAGAUGAUUUGGAAAUUUCUCUUAAAUUUUGUCUGGAUUAAGGUUGGAUUAGGUCAUCCACACAUUGUGCUAUAUACAAUGUGAGGGUGGUCUACUGCCUCCUAACCUGGGACUGACUGUAACAUGUUUUUAUCCGUAUGAUAAACGAUAAUGCUACUAGGAACUCAUUGAUACUUUAAAAAAUACAUUGCUGGAUUACAGAAGCUUCUAGUCAUCUUAACUCAAACUGCCCUAAGGAAGGUGAGUCACCUGUAUCUUUUUCAAUGCCAAAAAUUUCUGAAUGGGCUGUAAAAUUUUCAAAUUAUUGCACUAUUCUCUACAAAUUGUAAGUUUCAAAUUGUUUCUGCAUCCAGUCUUUCAAGAUUAUGACCAUUUUAUCAUCUAUCAGUUACUUUGUUGCUUAUUUGCUGACAGCCAACCUGUCAAUGUUGCAUGAGUUCCUAGUGUUUUAAUCUCCACAAAACAACCACAAAUUGUCUACAAUUUUAUGUAAUAUUUUUAAUUUGACUGGAAUAAACUUGCAAACAGUGAUGUGA